AUGGCUGAGGCAGCUGAGGUCAAAGGUCAAGACCUCAGUGGAGGUUUACGUCAUGUGCCAGAUGUGGUUUUCAUCAUGGAGGACAACCUGUCCCAAAUGAAGACAUGUCGCACAACAAUUGCCUUCCAGCUAGAGCAGAGUAAUGUCGUAACUUUAGAUGUUGCGGACACAUCUGCUAGCGUUAGCUGUAGCGAGCUAACUAGCCCAGCUUGUAGCAGUCCUAAGCGGCCUACAAGCUACGGUGUACCGGUUGAGACGCAUAAUAGAUUUAGCUCUUUAGCUAGUCCUACACCCCAGUCUACCGGGCACCACACCUUAGUCAUAGGGGACUCCAUCACCCGAAACAUAAAGCUUAGCAAACCAGCCACAGUAAAGUGUAUCCCCGGGGCCAGAGCACCUGACAUUGAAGCUAAUCUUAGGGAGCUAACUCGCAACAGGCCUAGUAAACACGUACGACAGUCUAAUCGCACCACUAAUUAUGCGAAUAUAGUUGUACACGUUGGCUCCAAUGACACUAGAAUGAGACAGUCAGAGAUUACAAAGAGAAACAUAGCCAGGACUUGUGAUCUCGCCAGAAAGAUGUCCAGGCAUCGAGUAAUUGUCUCUGGCCCCCUGCCUGCGAGAGGCAAUGAUGAGAGAUAUAGCAGAUUAGUCUCGCUUAACAAGUGGCCUGCUAGCUUCUGUAGGCAACAGGAACUAACGUUUAUUGAUAACUGGCCCUCUUUCUGGGGCAAACCAGGCUUGCUGAUGAGAGACGGCCUUCACCCUAACCAGGAAGGCGCCAUCAUCCUGUCUAGA